CAAACAAAAGAAAGAAAUUUCAAAAUUAUUGUUCAUUAAUCGAUAAUACGAUCUACGGUAACUCCUUUGAGUACAGAGUUACGGUAAAACUUUAAGAUGAGAUUCAUUUACCUUUUUGGAUUCUUCAGUAAUUUCUGAACACCCUUUAUAUACAAUAAUAAUCUAUUAAGUUAAAGAAAAGAUGAGGAAAAAUUGAAAAUUGUUAUUUCAUACAGCACUUUGCUAUCUACAAUGUUUAACAAUUUCUUGUACAUUGCAGAAGAGGACCCGGAGGAAAUCUGCAAAUUGCCCCCAGUAAAAGGAUUUUGUAGAGCAUUGUUACCCCGUUGGCGAUAUGAUGCAGCAGCCAGAAAAUGCGUAGAAUUCAACUACGGGGGUUGUGGCGGUAACGCUAAUAAUUUCAUGACAAACGAGGAUUGCAUGAAACGUUGUGAAGGUGUUUCAGCAUAAUCUAAAACUCGACUGAUUAUUUAAAAUUUUUGUGAAUGUGUUUAUUUAUAAAUAUUAGCGCCAAAGUUUAUAUGUAUGUAUUUUUUUUAAUAUAAUUGACAAAGAAAACUUUUUGCUGUACCCUAAAAUGACCAUAAUAAGAUAAUUAUCAUUAGGUUUACAGAAAGUAGUAUCUUUUAUUCUCAUUGUUAAUUAUUCUUUAGACUGCCAGGUGCUUACCUAUGCAAAAAAUACUUGUGUUAAUUAAGUACAGACAUAUGUAGUUAAGGUGAAAAUGUGAUCAUUUUAUUGUUUUGUUUUGUAAUAAAGGUAAUUGACAUUGUUAA